AUGACGCCUGAAAUUAUGUAUUUGCGCCUGCUCCGAUUCUAUCGGAAGCGAAGAGAUAAACUAAGAAUGCUUAUAUUCGUUUUACUGCUCAUCGGAGUUGCUUUUGUACAAAGCGCUAAUAUCACACGAAUCAAAGCCCAUCAUAUCCCACUCGAACAACGCACAGAUGAAGAGGAAGAGAAAUGGCGAAUUCAAGCCGUAGAAAAAUUAUGGAAGGAGCGGGAAGAAAUGGGACAUACGCCCUUGAUUAAAUUUCAGCCGAAAGGACUCCCUAACGUAGAUAUCUUUCUCAAAAAUGAAACAGCUACUCCAUCACAAACACUCAAACAUCGAUUUGCAUGGGCGCUGCUUAUGUGGUCCAUAGUUGACGGAAAAGUAAACAGCAAAUCUACGGUCUAUGAUUCUACCUCAGGCAACACUGGUGCUAGUGAAGCGUACAUGUGCACAUUGGUUGGACUACCAUUCAUUGCAGUAGUAGCCAAUGAACUCGAACAGACAAAAAUAGAUCAGAUUACAAGCCAUGGCGGUAAAAUUAUGAAGGUAGAAGUAUCCCUGCGAAACUUCCACGCACAAGAUGAAGCUGAGAAAAACAAUGGCUUCUUCCUUAAUCAGUUUGGAAACGCUGAAUAUGCUGAGGAAUUCCAUGAAAGUGGAAACUAUAGCCAUGAAAGCACCAAUGUUUUCCAUGAGAUUCUCGCCCAGUUGCAGGAGGACGAUCAUCAAGAGAAGAAGAUUCCCGACUAUUUUGUACACAGUGCGGGAACGGGCGGCACAAUCUCUUCGGUCGGGCGAUAUGUAAAACGAUAUAAUCUUCCCACAAGGAUUGUUCUCUCCGAUUCCGAAUAUUCGCUUUUCCACGAUUAUGUGAUUCACAACAGAUUCACAAACGAGUCAGGCACGAAACUAUGGAAACCACCAGGCAUUGCUGGCAUCGGCUACGGUUACAAUGUAAAGCCUGUGAUUUAUGGGGAGACCACAAGUCUUACACCGAGCGUCGUGGACGAGUCGAUGAAAAUACCAGAUAUCGCCUCGACAGCAGCGAUGUACGUGCUCAGGGGCAGAGGCAUCGGUGGUGGAGCAUCGACGGGCUUGAACUUCCUUGUGUCGCUUUAUAAAGCAAUUCAAGAAAAAGACGCUCACAAAAAUAAUGGCCGUUUGACGAUUGUCACAAUCAUCUGCGAUCCAGGAGAGUAUUAUGAGACUACCUAUUUCAACCCAAAAUGGAUUGAUAAAAUGUUUGCUGACGAAGGUGGAUUCAAGGGUCUCAAGUGUUGGGAGGAUGUUAUCAACAAGGCCAUUGACACUGGAUCCGACUUCCUGGAAGAAGGUCUCACCCAAUGUCCCGAUGCAAGAAAGAGAAAGUUCGCAAGAGCAAGAGGAGCAAGGAAUGUCAACUUCAGCCCAAACAUGGAAGUCGUAUUACCUGCACUUAUCCAUGCUGCCAUCUUCCUGAGCUUGUUUAUAUCUUUCGCAUGAGUUGUUUAUACAUAAUGUAGUAAGCAGUAUAAUUAUUGGCAAUAGAAUUAGUGCGAUUAGUACAAUAAAUCCU